CAUGACUGCAUCAAAGGAAAAAAAACAUGAAUCCUGUAAUUUAUCCUAUCUUUUAUAAAGCAUAAAUAAUGGUUGAUCUGUUUACCUACACAGUAUGCCGCAUUAAAUGACGAGCCACCCCGAUAAGAGCAACCUGGGUUGAGAGCGAUGUCAUCUCCAGGCAUGGGCACCCCUAGUGACCCCCUCUUGGCCAGUCCGGGGGGGAGGUCAGCUUCGGCUCAGGAAGGUAUCUGGAGGAGCUCGCUCCCCAAAACUGCCAGCUUCCCAACAUCCACCACUCGGCACCUCAGCCACCGUGCCAACAACUUCCAAAGACACCCGAAACGUCGGAAGCUGAUUAGACCUUCUCCGCCGCCACCGCCAAAUACCCCCUGCCCCCUGGACCAACUGGACCUCAGUGAGCUUCCUCCAAGACGCACCUUCCCUGAGUUGCUCUUCAAUGGCUGCAUCCUGUUUGGUAUCGAGUUUAGCUAUGCCAUGGAAACAGCUUAUGUGACCCCCGUGCUUCUACAAAUGGGUCUGCCUGACCAGUUCUACAGCCUGGUGUGGUUCAUCAGCCCCAUACUGGGAUUCCUUGUUCAGCCUCUCCUUGGAGCAUGGAGUGAUCGUUGUACAUCCCGGUUUGGGCGAAGGAGACCCUUCAUUUUUGCCCUGGCCAUAGGAGCUUUGGUUGGUCUGACUCUGGUGCUGAAUGGGCGGGACAUCGGUGGUGCACUGGCUGACACGGCAUCCAAUCACAAGUGGGGAAUAGUCCUGACAGUAUGUGGAGUGGUUCUGAUGGACUUCAGUGCUGACUCAGCCGACAACCCCAGCCAUGCUUACAUGAUGGAUGUAUGCAGCCCAGAAGACCAGGACCGGGGCCUGAACAUCCAUGCGCUGUUAGCAGGACUAGGCGGUGGUUUUGGCUACAUUGUGGGUGGAAUCAACUGGGAUCAGACAGAAUUUGGAAGGUCGAUGGGAGGUCAGCUGCGGGUCAUAUACCUCUUCACAAGUGUCACGUUGGUGGUCACCACAGCCAUGACUCUGACCAGUAUCCCUGAACGGCCCCUACCAAAGACUCAGCCCAACAAAAACUCCAGCAAAAGCAAUCUGAAAAGCCCCAGCCUCCCUCUCCCUCCAUCUCCCCCGGUUCCCCCAGGAUCAGCUUUGGGAUUGGAUGAGGAAGAAGAGGAGGAAGGUCUUUACAGCUACAAAUUCUCAGAGCAACACCCACACAACCCUGACCCCUUGGCCCAUUCUUGCAGUGCCAAUGCACGUCUCUGUGCGGGCCUCACUAGCCCCAUAUCGCCCCUAAGCCCCCUCACUCCUAAAUAUGGCAGCUUUCUAAGUAGGGACAGCUCUCUCACUGGCAUCAACGAAUUUGCUUCCUCCCUGGGAACCUCCUAUAUAGAUAGCGUGCUCAUAGACUGCUACACAGGCCAGCAGACACCACAGCCCCCAGACCCUGACUCCACAGCCAGGGCUCUGCCUCCAGGGAACUCUCCACCUCCUGAGGAGUCUACACAAGGGUCGGAGCCCCAUCCUCCCGGAAAGCCCCAGCUUGAAGCGGAGGCUCACGCAGCUGGAGAGGCUCAGCAUGCAGAAGGGCCCCAGGCUGGAGGAGAAGCUGCACCUCAGACUGGAGCUGGGGCUCAUCCUGGUGCAGGGUCACAUCGUGGCUCAUCUGCUGGCAUUCUGAAGCGCCCUCAGAGUCUUGCACUAAUGGAGGAGCCCAUGGCAACCCAGAUUAUUGGGCUGGAGAAUGGACGCAGAAGGACAGUGACCUUCAGCCAGCAGGUUGCAAACAUUUUGCUGAAUGGGGUGCGCUAUGAAAGCGAUCUGAGUGAGAAUGUGGAGACAGCAGAAUCCCAGAUGUCAAUGAAGCUGCUGUGUGUGGCCAUAUACAGGAUGCCUCCCUCCCUGCGAAGCUUAUGCACAAAUCAUUUUUUGGGCUGGCUUUCCUUUGAGGGCAUGUUGCUGUUCUACACUGACUUCAUGGGGGAGGUGGUGUUUGAAGGAGACCCCAAAGCACCCCACGACUCUGAGGCUUACCAACGCUAUAAUGCUGGGGUCAGCAUGGGCUGCUGGGGCAUGUGCAUCUAUGCAUUCAGUGCUGCUUUCUACUCAGCCAUAUUGGAGAAACUGGAGGAGCGUUUCUCUCUCCGCACUCUGUAUUUUUUUGCCUACCUGGCGUUUGGUUUGGGAACAGGCCUGGCCACACUCUCCACCAACCUCUAUGUGGUACUCUCUCUCUGUGUCACAUACGGGGUGCUCUUCUCCUCUCUAUGUACGCUGCCUUACUCUCUGCUGUGUGAAUACUACCAGAGCCCUCAGUUUUGUGGCUCAUCUGAAGAAGGGACCAGACGAGGGAUGGGAGUGGACAUCUCUCUGCUCAGCUGCCAGUAUUUUCUGGCUCAGAUCCUGGUCUCCGUGGCGAUGGGACCUCUGACCUCACUGGUGGGUGGGGCCCAGGGAGUGAUGUACUUUGCAAGCCUGAUGUCAUUCGUGGGCUGCCUGUACUCCUCUCUCUGCGUGGUGUACCAGCUGCCCCCCCCUGAGGGAAGAGGAGAAGUUGAAACUGGGGUGUGAUUCAUCAUUCAGUCGGAAACCGAACAAAACAGAAGAACAACAAACAAACAAACAAGUUGUUUGGCUGGCAAGAAUUCUCAGAAGAUUGAUGUGAACUAUGGGUAACCGUGAAGGUGGACAACACUGAGAUGAAAGACUUUGGGGUUCACAUUGCCAGCAGCAAGUGCUUAUCUUCACCAAUAGGGCGCAUGCUGUAGGUUGUAGGCUUCUGUCACUACACUCUUGACCCACUGAGGCUCACGCUGUGGUGCGAACCUCUCAAAUUUGGGUUAGCUAUCCAACUUCCUCACAGGAAGCGGUGAACAUCCAUUUCCCUUCCAUCCUGGACAUUUCAUCUCUGUCUGGUCGCUGCUGAUGCAAAUGAUUUACUUUUGGAUCUGUUGUGCCAUGUCAAACAAGCUUGCUUUGAAUUGCCUGAGCAUCUUCAACAUGACUGGCACACAGCCUCAUAUUUCAGGGUUUGUACAAGUUAAUCAUCCGUAUACAACUUUAAUUUUAUUGGUUUCACCUACUGGAUCCCACUUCAAGCAUGCCAACCUUAUCAUGCCAAUCAUUUAGAACUGGUGGUGCCUCAGUAGAAUGUUAACCAUCGCCUACCAUUAAACCUCCAUAGCUGACUGGACACAUGCCAUGCUCAUGUUUCUAAGGAAACGGAAACUGUAUGGAUCAUGCUGUUGCAGCUUGCUUAAAAAAAAACACACACACAUUUUGAGUAUAUGUGUUCUAUGGUGCCACCUAUUGCUCAAUAUUAGCAGUGUUACUGUAACAGCUACUUUACUUCAGGGUUGAAACUAAAAUGAUCAUUUUGCCA